AUGCUCAUGAUUGCACAUUCAAUACAGUUGCAGAAAUUAAAAAGACACAGGCAAGUGAACAAACCAGAAGAUUUGUUUGCCACUUUACCUGUAAUGAAAGAGGUGAAAAUUGAUUACAUCAACAUUAAAGAAGAACAUCAAAAGAAUGAGAAAGUAAAGGAACAGAUUUUUCCUGAAGAUAAGAAGAAAAGGACACGAAAAUUGUCACAUGACUGCGAUGUCUGUAAAAAGUCAUUCUCGCAAAAGGGCAGAUUGAAUAAACACAAAUGUGUUCCUACAAUAGAAAAGCCAUUUUACUGUGGCAUUUGUGGUAAAUCAUUCUCUAACCAAAACGAUUUCAAUUCUCACAAAUGUGUUCAUACAAGGAAGAAGCGAUUUUGCUGUGACAUUUGUGGUAAAUCAUUCUCUGCAAGUGGAAGUUUUGAAGAAACAAACUUGAGGGACGCACAGUUGUGUAGGGAUGCCCAAAUUCCGGUAUGCUCGACUUUGCCUCUCAUCGUUUAA